AUGAAUACUCUAACACAUGUUCCUCCCGGUUUUCGAUUUCAUCCUACGGAUGAAGAACUCGUGGACUAUUACCUCCGGAGAAAGGUUGCCGCUAGACGAAUCGACUUGGACGUUAUCAAAGACGUCGAUCUUUACAGAAUCGAGCCUUGGGAUCUUCAAGAGCUCUGCCGAAUAGGAACGGAAGAGCAAGACGAGUGGUACUUUUUCAGCCACAAAGACAAGAAGUAUCCGACGGGCACUCGCACGAACCGCGCCACGGCCGCUGGUUUUUGGAAGGCGACGGGUCGCGACAAGGCCAUAUACUCCAAAAACGAGCUGAUUGGGAUGCGCAAAACUUUGGUUUUCUAUCAAGGAAGGGCUCCGAACGGCCAGAAGUCCGACUGGAUAAUGCACGAAUAUCGCAUGGAGACCGACGAAAACGGAACCCCUCAGGAAGAAGGUUGGGUCGUGUGUCGGGUGUUCAAGAAAAGAAUCGCCACCACAACGCGUAAACUCACCGAACGAGUCGAUUCCCCCAUAUGGUACGACGAAAAUUCCUCGUUCAUGUCCGAUAUCGAUUCCCCCCAGAGCCUUCACUACACUUUCUCUUACAACAACAACAUCAACAACAACAAUAGUAGUACUUCAUGCAAAAAGGAAAUGGAUUUAUCGUACAACAUUAUCCCAGUCGAUCACUUUCUCCAGCUCCCGAAUUUAGAAAGCCCGAACUUCGCCCACGGCCCGAUCCAAUCCUAUGGGCUUACGAACCCGGCCCACCAGGGAAACAACCUCCUGCAUGGCUUAGCGCUCGCUCGUGACAUUCGCCAAACCCUAGGCGACCACAAUUUCCAGUCUGUGUUUGGGAACAUUCCGGAAGGUUCUGGAGACCAGGUGACCGAUUGGAGGGUGCUCGAUAAGUUUGUGGCCUCACAGCUCAGCCAGGACGAGGUUUCGAAGGAAAAUGGCGAUUUUUGA